AUGUUUGCGCCCCAUACAUCGCAUCAUUGGGGCGGUGGGCUCAACUCCAACGGACGUAACCCUAAUGACUUAGCGUUGACUCUCCGUCGAGCCAACCACUGGAAUAGGUACCGCCAAGGAUUUCGAAAUAACUUUGGAGUUGAUGGUAUCGGAGAAGAUUCUUCGAUUUUGGGCCCCAUAAACGGAGAUCUAGAUGGCACGAUAGAUGUGCCGGGUGUCGGUGAUAUCGAACCCCCAUGGGAAGACGAAGAUGUUUUCCGUUCCGAGUUUCUGGACAACCUCAAAGCACGCUACGCUGCCUCUCGUCAGGGACUCUUUGAUUCUUGGGAGUCAGCUUCAGGAAAUAUUGGCACUAGCGAUGGGCCUUGGGAUGUACCAGGUUGGGAUCUCCCUCAGCCUCCUCGGAGAUACACCGGACGUUGUCAGUUCAAUGCUGGGAAUAGUCGCUGUUUUGAUAAUGUUCGUAAUGAGUUCUCUCCAUACUGCGACUUCCACUACUUCACAGUAUCCGGGGAUGGAAUUUUUAGCGCUACUCCGCCUCCUCGACCCCGAACUCGAUUCAAUCCAAGGCUAAAUACUCGAAACUAUACUCCUUCGCCUGACUUUUUACUAUGGGCAACAGAUCGCGAGCUACGCUCCUCCGCCUACCGUGCUGCUGUUGAGGAUCUCCGAAAUAUCCGCCAAAUACAGAAUUCUUGGGAAAGCCUAAAUGGAAGACCUUCAACUUUCAACAAUUCGUCGCUCUUACCACACGAUCCAAUAAUUGGAGCAGGGCCAGACGGACCCGGGCUCACUAGUCGGCAAGCAGCAGAAAUUUACAUUCGCGAAAUCGAUGUCGAUAAUAAACCUUUCUUCUUGAAAUGCAGCGUAUGUCUGCAACUUUACAACGACCCCGUCUACUUUUGGCAUUUAGAAACAAAUCAACUAUGCAUAUGCUGUCGCGGGUGUGUACCAUCCUAUACCCCACCAGCUUAUCCCGGUUCUGUUGCUCCGCCACAAUGGCGAGCAAGUUUAUUCCCCCGACGUUUCCCAAGGCCGCGUCAAACUGCAUCUGGGAGCUCAACUCUAUACCCUGCGACCAAAAUCAACGUGCUGCGUUCAUUAUUCGAGAGACACUACUACGCCAUGAUGACAACUGAAGCACCCCAUCAGAUCUGUCACUUCUGUAAAAAUCCCAUGGUUAAUCCAGUAGUCACCUGCAAAGACGUGCCGCCGAUGUACUGGAUUCUGACGCAUGGUUCUACCCCAGCAUUCCCACCUGUGAAACACGCCUUUUGUGCUGGGUGUUUGGAUAACUAUAGGUUUAAGGGAGGGGCUCACUUUGCAAGAUGCCCAUUCACGGAUGCGUGCUGGGGUGCAGCGGAGAACUUUCUUGUUGAUGAGGGUUAUAUUAGAGAGGCACAGACCAUAGCGGGGAGAGCGUGGGAGAAGACAUUACAGAUGGCUUCGUAA